AUGACCGAAUCGGGAGCCUCACAAUAUCAGGUUCUGGAAGAGUUAGGUUCUGGCAGCUUUGGUGUAGUCUAUAAAGCAAUCGAAAGGGCUACCGGAGAAAUAUGUGCCAUCAAGCAUAUCGACCUCGAAUCGAGCGAAGAUGAUAUACAGGAAAUUCAACAAGAGAUAUCAGUCCUCAGUACCUGCGCCAGUCCAUACGUUACUCAAUAUAAAGGAAGUUUUCUACGGGGUCAUAAACUAUGGAUUGUCAUGGAAUAUUUGGGAGGAGGUUCAUGUUUGGAUCUGUUAAAACCUGCGCCAUUUCACGAAACUCACAUUGCCAUUGUUUGUCGCGAGAUCUUGUUAGGUUUGGAAUAUCUCCAUCAAGAAGGAAAGAUACAUCGGGAUAUAAAGGCUGCAAACAUUUUACUCUCGACCACAGGAAAGGUUAAAUUGGCAGAUUUUGGAGUUGCCGCACAGCUUACAAACAUCAAAUCGCAAAGGAAUACUUUCGUCGGAACUCCUUUCUGGAUGGCGCCAGAGGUUAUUCAACAAGCAGGAUACGAUUUCAAGGCAGAUAUUUGGUCCCUAGGAAUUACAGCAAUAGAGAUGGUGAAUGGAGAACCCCCGCAUGCCUCGAUACAUCCAAUGAAGGUUCUAUUUCAAAUACCUAAAGCACCAGCGCCAAGGUUGGAAGGUUCGGAUUACAGUAAGGAGUUUAAGGAUUUUGUGGCACAAUGUUUGGUCAAAGACUGCGAUCGUAGACCUACCGCAAAGGAACUAUUGAAGCAUAAGUUCAUCCGUUCUGCAGGAAAGGUUGAGGCUUUACAGGAGUUGGUGGAAAGAAGACAGGAGUGGGAUGGAACAAGGACUCGACCAUCGCAUCCUAAGUUCUAUGAAGAAACACUUAACACAAUGAACCCGAAAUAUGAACCUGAUGGAUGGGUCUUUGAUACAGUUAAGGCUUCUACUAUUACUGUAGCACCAUCAAGAAAAAAUGGGAGCAAAAGGAGAAAGCUUUCUGUCAUUCAUGCAAAUGGUCAAGGUAGUCAAGCUCCUCCAGAGGAGGCUUUCAAGAAACUGGAUCUCAAAGAUUCUCCCUUGGAAUAUUCUUCGCCUCCUUCACUACCAGCUGAUAGAGGUACUGUUAGAAGGCAGCCGCCAGCGGUGCAACACACUUCUCCAACCAGGCCUCGAGUGGAUAGUACGCAGAGUCAAAACAACACAACAAGGAGACCGCCCCUAGCACCGGAUAUGAGCUUUGGAAAUACUGGCUCAACAGUUCGAUUAUUCCGCCGGGUCUCGAAUAACUCAAUUUCAUCUAGACCAAGCAGCCCCGAAGAUUCCGCUGAUAUUCCAUCUCAUGACGAAAAUAAGGCACUCGUGCAGGUAGCUGAAGCAAACACCAAAGAAGCUUACCUAGGACGACGUGCUUAUGCGAAAAUUAUCGAUCCAGCAUUCCAAGAAAUGCACGCACAAACUGGCGAUCAAGCUAAAAGACAAGCAUUAUCCCGUCUAGCCGAUGCCUGGGCUGCUCUCGAUGCCGUGGAUCCAGAAGGUGAAUAUCACUUACUGAAGCUUUUGAUAAACAAGAUAGAGCAAGAACCCAAGCUUGCUUCCCACAUCUCUCCAAACAAAGCUUUGGUCCUGAGAGAUGGAACUCCUCAGGGAUCACCCCAAAAACCCACCAAUGGAAAACUAGUACUAGCAAAUAGUAAUCCACAUCUCAAAAGUCACCGCAGGAGACAAUCUAGCGCCAUGCCCGAAGUAGAGACAAAGGAAAAGUUAAACCUACCCGGUCAAAUAGUGCCAGGAAUGGAACACACCAAACAACUUGCAGAUGUAUUAUACGCGCGCUGGGCAGAAGGGCUAGGGAAGAAGUUUCCAGUCGUGUAG